AUGAGCCGUAUCCACCAACGACUCUUCCGACCUCGUUCAACGUCUACAGGCCAACGCACCCUCUACACAUCCACAUCCCCAAUCCUCCCUUCCUCAUCCGCAAGAACAAAUUGUCCAAGUGGCCCACCAUCCUCCUCACCCACCCGCCUCCCAAUCGAUCUCAAGCCUUCCUCAGAUUCAUCAUCGCACUCCCAGCACUCUCAUGCUCCCUUCUCACUUGCACUCGCACCCUCCUCGUCACCCGCACCAAACUCUCAGCAGUUGUUGUUAUCGCCACUCGCAGCACACCACCACCAUCAUCACCAUCCAACUCCAUACCCACUCCAUCCCGCACCAUGUAAACAACCGGACCAACACCCGCCUACUCACCGCCAAAAACGGCCUCGGUUGAAAUACCACCUUGACGUAGGGGCGUACGGUAUCCCGAAACGUACUCCGACAUUGCACCGCCCUCUACACACCUCCUCCCCUUCCCCUUCGGCAGACGACCUUAACCUGGCAGUGCAAGUCGGCGAAGACGCCUAUUUUAUAAGAGAGAACGCUAUGGGUAUCGCAGAUGGCGUCGGUGGCUGGUCUCGGUCCAACAACAGUCGAGGACACGGCCCCACCCCAUCCGCACUCUUCGCCAAAAGGCUAAUGCACAACUGUGCCGUAGAAUUAUCAGUACCCCCACUUCUCUCCGCCUCCGCUUCUCCUCCACCUCCUUCCUCCCCUCUACCUCCAAACCCAAACCCGAAUUGGAACGCAUGGUACUGGUCGGACUUACGCACACCCUCCCCUCCUCCUCCUCCUUCUUCCUCUUCACAACAACGCACUCUAGAGUUGGAGAGCGAACUAGAAGACGAACUUGAGCAACUCUCUCAAGGCAUCGACGUGUUACAGAUCCUUGAACGGGCGUACGAUAACACACUCAAGUCCGCACAAUCUCCGAAUUCAAAGUCUAUAAAUAACGGUCACGCGCAAGAGGAGGAGGGGGGUGGUGAGCGUCAAGACUUGACGGCAGGCUCGUCAACGGCUUUGUUGGCUGUAUUGGACCAUCUACCGAUGUAUUCCGACGUUGCGUCUGCUAGUGCGAGUGCUAGUGCUUCCCAUUCUAAAUCUGCUGGGGUGGAAAAUGGACCUCCGGGACCAGGGAAGAACUACGCCGCUGGAUCCAUGUCCGUCUCUUUUACGAGUGAAGAAGCUGAUAAAGGAAUGGGAUGCGACGCUGCCAUACGGAUAGUCCACGUUGGCGAUUGUAUGGGUAUGUUGGUGCGUGAUGAGGAUAUCGUGUGGAGGACUGAGGAGAUGUGGUGGAAUUACAACACCCCAGUCCAACUAGGCCCCCAAACACCGCACCUCCCACCCUCCUCAACAGCACACACGUGCAUCAUCCCCGUUAAAAAAGACGAUAUACUCAUACUCGCCAGUGAUGGCCUGAGUGAUAAUCUGUGGGAUGAGGAGGUGUUGGAUGAGGUUGUUAGGUUCCGCAGGGGGUUUUUGGUUCCAGAGGAGGUGGAAGUCGAGCCUGAAACGACGCCGACGGGAGUGAAGAGGAAGACCCUAGCGGGGAUGUUGAGCGAGGCGCUGUGUUCGCGUGCCAGGAGGGUUUCGGAGCGUCCUAUUCCUGUUUUGAGGCGUACGCGGGAGACGUGUAGCGUGCGUUUGUCGUCGUCGACGCCGCCGCCGAUUAUGCAGCGCGAAGACGAUGAAACGCCUUUUGCCAGGAGGGCGAGGGACGCUGGGAGGAGGUUUGGGGGUGGGAAGAAGGAUGAUAUAUCGGUGAUCGUAGCUGUCAUCUCACCUUCGAGGUCGCUGACUUUGUCACCCGAGACAAAAUCGUCUUUGUCGCCUGCGAACAAGUCAUAG